UAAAGCAGCCAGGCUACGUGGCUGCUAGCAUUAGCAUAAAAGGGAUUUAACAUCUCAUGACCAGCGUGACAUUUUAAUACUCUUAAGUAUUCAUAGUUUCUAAAUGGCAUGUUUCCAAUGGCGUAACCGGAACACCGUGUUGAGCCCGGGGGCUAACGCUAUUUAAACGGCAGCCGGACACAGGCCGCAAAUGGAGCCCGGGAUGUCGCGUGAAAUCCCGAACGGCGCGGGGUUCCCUAAACCGAGCGGUCCUCGGGAGGAGACCCCGGGGGAAGAGGCGAGAGGCGGGAUGUUAAGGCGGAGAGGAGCGGAGGCAGAGCCCGCGGAGGAGAUGGAAGCCGAGUGUGAGGAUGAACCGGAGCAUCAGAUAAACACGGGAGGGGAGGAAGAAGCCGGCAAACAUGAGGAGGAAUUGGACCCGAGAAUUCAGGAUGAGCUGGAGCAGCUUAACCAAGCCAGUGAUGAGAUCAACAAGCUGGAGCUGCAGCUGGAUGAGGCCAGGUCCAGCUACAGGAGGAUCCUCACUGAUUCUGCCAGGAAGCUCAAUGCUCAGGGCUCCCAGCUUGGUGCCUGCAUUGAGAAAGCACGGCCCUAUUAUGAAGCUCGCAGACUGGCCAAAGAGGCUCAGCAGGAGACGCAGAAAGCCGCUCUGAGAUAUGAGAGGGCCGUGUCCAUGCACACUGCAGCCAGAGAGAUGGUGUAUGUGGCGGAGCAGGGCCUGCAGGCAGACAGGAACACCCUGGACCCCACUUGGCAGGAGAUGCUGAACCACGCCACCGCUAAGGUGAAUGAGGCGGAAGAGGAGCGUCUCCGCAGUGAGCGGGAGCACCAGCGCGUCACGCAGCUCUGCCAGGACGCCGAGGCCCGGGUCCAAACGCUGCAGAAGUCCCUGAAGAAGGUCAUCAUCAAAUCCAAGCCUUACUUUGAACUCAAGGCUCAGUUCAACCACAUUCUGGAGGAACACAAGGCCAAAGUAGUUCAGCUGGAGGAGCGUGUGGCCAAAGUGAAAACACGUUACUCUGUGGCCCUGCGGAACCUGGAGCAGAUCAGCGAGCAGAUCCACGCUCAGAGGGGCCGCCCGGCGGUGUGCGGGGGCCGCAGCUCUCCUGUAGGGGCUGAGGCCGAGGUCAGAGCCGCCGUCGGGGUCCACGUCGGGAGUAGCUGUGUGGGAGGAAUCGAGAGCACCUGGGCAGAUGGAGAGAAAACCCGUCUGUGGGUGGAGAGGCACAGAGAGAGCGGCUGGGGCCAGAGGGAGCGGCAAGGGGGGGGGCGGCCACCUUCAGAAUGCAUGUCAGUCAUCAGCCUGCAGACCAUCGCCUCGGACCUGGAGAAGUGUGACUCUGUGGAGCAUCUGGAAGACAUGAGCGACGCCGGGAGCGUGCCGUGGGAGCACAACAGAAAGCUGAAUGAGGUGCCGGUCAACAGGGAGGCAGAGACAGGGGCGCCGCAGCAGGAGAAGGAAGCUGUCGGCAAAGUGAAACAGGACAGCCUCAUCAAGCAGCACAGCAGAAGCAUCAGUCUAUGAGAUGAGUAAGCACCAGGACCAGCUCAUAAUAAGGAUCACAGAGGACAUUAGAUGGGGGGGCAGCAGCACUAAUACAUCUCUACCCCCCCCAGUCUGUUGAUCAUCGUGCUGAAAUGUGAACAAAAGUGCAUGAAUCGAACAUGAAACACUGAACACACAUGCUUAAUACACGUGUCCCUACAGAGCAUUUUAAGAGGCUGCUCUCUGUCUCAGCUUUUCUUUACUUAUGGGAUGGAUAAUGUGCCUCUUGCUUGAGGGUACAUCCAGUUUGUUCUAACUAUGUUUGUUGUAGCUUUGUCAUCAUUUUUAUCAGUUAUUAAAACAAGGGAAUGACACUUUGACACCUGGGAACUUGGAAACACGAGCAGGAGAUGGGUUGUAAUCAAUCUAGUUAGUGAUCAAAGGGGUGGCCUGAAAUAAUUACAGUGUGUGUGUGCACACAACUACAGUGUGUGUGGAAGGUAACAUUUAGCCAGAUAGUCUAUCUGGGAACUUUGCAGCACACCUUUAGAUACUCACACCUUUCUGGUUUUGGUUGCCACAACAAUGUUGCUAACGGUUUUAUCUAAGUAACUAAUAGACAUUUAAUUUAUGUUAUUUAAGGAUUGUUGCACAGGGUGAAGACCCACUGAGCAUUUGGUUAGUGGCAACUCUCCAUAAGUCAUGUAUUUGUGUAGAUUACAUGUCAUCUAGCUGACGCUUUGAUCAAAGGGAUUUGAUCACUGAUCACUUUUCGGGGGUUCCUACAUGGGUUUUGAUUCUGCAUUUUACAGUCACCUGUCUUCUAUUCCAAAGAUGUUUGGCUGACAGGGAGGGGGGACUUUGUUUCCCUUCUGACUGCUUGUGUUUCUUAAUCUGUGUCUUUGUGAAUAAUGUUGAUCAAAACUAUAGAAAAAGAAGGAAUACAUUACGUUACUACAAAACAUCAUCUGGAUAACCCUACAAAUGGAAUAUAGUACAAACAUAAAACCUAUUAAUACAUAAGUAUUUGUAUUUCAAAUAAUAUGGCCAAAUAUGACUCUUCAUUGCCUUAUUGAACAGCCUCAGCUGUAUAUAUUGACUAUAUAUUUACUGAUGAGGUCAUUGACACCCGCUGUAUGUUGGAAGUAUUGUCGUGCUUUCACUGAUAUUAACUAUCAGUGGUAAUUGUAACAGAAUACUCUUACUGACUGGUUUUCGUUUGGCCUAAAAGAAUAGGUUCUUGUUGGUCAUAUUGAUCUGAUUUGGACCGAGCAAACGGCUUAAAUAUUUAACUUUACAAUGUAACUGACACACUUUCCAUUUGUGAAGCUUGUUGCAAGAUAUUUGCAUGAAACAUCUGUAAGUCACUGUACUGUUACAGUUGGACCUGUGGGCUCAGCUGCAGUGGGAGUGUGUGUAAAUAUGUUAAUAAAAAGACUGUAGAUAUGAAGGUCACCUAUAAUGAAAACACAACCGUUCUCAGUGACAGGGGAUUACACUAAUGGAAACAGGUAGAAUUAUACAUUACAGUUUCUGUCGUCUUUAAUCCUUCACACUGGAACUUUAAAAUAGCUAUUUCCUUUUUCAAUUGCCAAUUCUAUCACUUCAUUAGAAGAGUGAUACAACUUGCUAACAUCAAUUUGCUCCAGUGCCAUGGAACUGGAGGCCUUACCUCUCAAAGUAUUCUAGGUAUUUAUGAUACUAGGUGUUGCACCAUAUCCCAAGAUCUGUCUAGGGAAAUAGCAAAUGAUAAGUAAGUAAUUCAUUUGAUUUAAAGUGCCUAUGAGUCCUUAUAUGGUUCAAACAUAACUAAUAACUAAUCCUAGAGUUGGAUGAAGAGUUACACGUGUAGUGAAACUACUUAACAGAUGAAUUCAACUGGAGAGGGAGUGGUCUGUAAAUAUGUUAUUAAAAGUUCUAUGUACAUUCAGGCUGUGACGGCAUGAUUAUUGUGUAUUCAUUGUCCUCAGGUUAGUCACAUG